AUGGCUUCAGGUGGAGCAGAAGAAGACGAUGGAGGCAUUCCAUUGGAUAUUGACAAUGUGCACAUGCUCCUCCAAGUGGAGCAUGAACAGAUUCAGAAGAGGACAUUCACCAACUGGAUAAAUGCUCAACUUGCUAAGAGAUGCCCUCCCUCAUUUGUGUCAGACCUGUUUUCUGACCUCAGAGAUGGGGCACAGCUGCUUGACCUGCUGGAGGUGAUGAGUGGUCAGUCGAUGAAAAGACAAAGGGGCCGUGGGGUUUUCCAGCAGAGGGCCAACAUUGAGACAGCACUGAACUUUCUCAAGAAAAAAUCUAUUAAACUGGUGAACAUCAACAUCCCAGAUAUCAUAGAUGGGCGCCCAUCCAUCAUCCUCGGCCUCAUAUGGACCAUCAUUCUCCACUGUCACAUUGAGGAGCUGGCCAAUGCUCUCUCCUUCAGCUCUCGUCAUUCCUCCCUGGACUCUCUGUCCAGCCUGGACUCCUGGUCUGGCAGCCCCGUCCCAGCUAGUCCGGUCCCUGCAGGCCGGACGUCGCCUCUCCACAGACGCUUCCGCAUAUCUGCCAAGAAGGCCCUGCUCAUGUGGGUCAGGGACCAGUGCCAAAAAGUUCAUUGUUCUGUCAGUGUGAGGGACUUCAAGUCAAGCUGGAGAAGUGGAGAGGCCUUCCUGGCCAUCCUGUGUUCUCUCAGACCACAGCUAGUCGACCUCUCAUUGGUUCCGUCGAGAAGCAACCAGGAGAACCUGGAAGAAGCGUUUCACGUGGCUGAGCGGGAGCUCCACAUCCCCCGCCUGCUGGAGCCCCAGGAUGUCGAUGUCAAAGACCCGGAGGAAAAGUCCAUUAUGACUUAUGUGGCCCAGUUUCUACAGUACUCCAAUGACAUGCCAGCACCUGAUGAUCACCUGCAGCUGUUUCCUCUGGUCCAGACCUCCUUUCUCUCACCUGUGAAUCUGCCUGCUCACAUCACUCCAGCAAUUGCUAUGUCACCGCUGCGUCAGGUUUCGCCAAGUGAGCGAGCACAAGAGGUGACUGGUUGGCUGCAGGAGGCCUAUCAGGAACUGUCAGAAGCCUGGACAGCUGCAGAGGAAUCCAGCUACGCAGAAAAAUAUCAAGUGUUUCAGAGCCUCGCUGCCUCUUUCACUGAGCAAAGGAGACCAGUGAUGACGCUCUUUGCUGCCAUAAAACGCUGCCCUGAGCUGAACCAGCAGCAGCACACACUCAAGACCGCAUGGGACCGUCUGGAGGAAGAGCUCCAGAGGUGUAAAACAGACCUAGAUGUGAGUCUUCCUCCUCCUCUGGACUCAGCUGUUGUGUGGCUGCAGCGUGCAGAGGCAGAGCUGAGAGAAAAGGAAGGGAGAGUGAAGGACCACGCAGACGCAGCUAAAGAAGCAAGAGCUCAACAAGACACCUUGAAGACUUUAAAUAAGGACAUGAACCAUUACGUUAAUAUCCUUGAAACUUACCACAAUAUGGAUGACUCAGGGAAUGUAAUCGUGCCACCUGAAAAGUUUGAUGAAAUAAAGAAACGUUUAACCAACAUCCGAGUGACAGCCAAAUAUCAAGGGAUCAAAUUGGAGUACCAGGAAUCCCGUCACACUGUGCUGGACCUGCUGAGACACAUCAGUGCUAAGGUCCAGUCCUGGAAGGCUCCCUACAGGUCUCAGGAGACCAUACAUGUUCUUCUGCAGGACUGGCAUGAAACAGUUGAACGUCAAGGUCUGCUUUUGAUUCUGUCGGAUGCUGUCCAAAACCUGAAGGAGAGGGCAGAUGGUUAUACCAGCAAGGCAGCACUAGGUGAAGGUUCCCAGCUUGUUACUCGUCAGGUGAAGGAAGCAGAGAGUGAGGCUGACUUGGUCAAACAGGCCGUGACGGCUGCCAGAGGGACGAUGGACAGAGUGGCGUCUGCGUGGGAGACGUACAACAAGUGCCUGGCUGCUCUACAGGCAUGGCUGGCACAGAACGCGCAUUUGCAAGCCGAGUCUUCUGCUGUGGCAACACAGGAUAUGGCUGAGUGGACUUCAUGUCAGGCCCAGUUAAAUGAGGCUGGAAACAUUCUCAUUGAAGUGACAGAAACUUCAACCAGCCUCACGCUGGCCGAGCAACUCAGCAAGGUCAACAUGCAGUGGGCUGAGUGCAUGAAGAAGACGAUGUUUGAAGUGUCAUCAGAGCCCAGUGCUGGUGCCUCGUGUCUUCAGAUGGUGCAUUCACUGACCCAGGAAGCCUGCUGUCUCUUGAGACAGCCGCUGGAGGUGGCCUCAGUCCCACUGAAGGCCAACAGAGAGAAACUACAGUUACUUAACAAAAAGAUGGUAGGAGUGGACGUGUCACCUCUCAGCACUUCCCAAGACUUUCAAACAAGCCACAUAGAAAAACUCCAGCAGACUCUCCCACAGAUGCUUGCUGAAGCAGAGAGGACCUGUGGGGAGCUGCAGAGGGCUGCCUCCAAACUGGAAGGCCGUCUGGCUGAGCUGGAUCACUGGAGCACAGAUGCGCUGGACUGUUACAGCCACCUAAAGGAGAAAAUGCACAGAAGACACUCAGCAUUUGACUCUACAACAAAAGUGCUGAUUUCUCGAGGCUUGCAGCUAGUGAACCAGGUUGUGACUGAGGGCCGGGAUCUGCAGGACUUUGUGGCGGGACUGCAGAAAACCUCUCCUCUACAGCGCCUCAGUACCUCUCGCAUGCAGCACAGGAUCUCAGAAGCAGUCUCCCACUGCGAGGAGAUUCUUGGAAUGUUUAGUCCCUUUGGGUUUAAUCCACAAGUUGGUGAAGUUCCUAAGAGUCAGUCACCUGCUGAAACAGUCUGUCAGACACCAAAACAGCCAGAGACCGGGUUACUGGUUGUGGCCAGAACCAAACAAUUUGACCAGACUGGAAAUGUAGUGCUGCAACCUCAGGACCCAAAUCAACUUUCAGCUCAGAUUCCAUCUCACAUGCCCCAGCAAAGGACAAGAGGUCUAGAGGGCUGGUCUAAGAUCAUGAGCACACAACAUGAAAAAGACAUUGCUACACCCCAUGUAGUAAUCCAAAUGAUGCCUCAGCCUUUGAAGGAGUCAGCACCUCAUUCAUUCAUUCACUCUCAUCUCGCUCAGGCUGCAGAACAAGCCGAAUCUGAGCUUUUGAUCCAGCCACAGUCAUUUUCUAAUUCCCAUGCUCAAGCUCCAAGUUUCAGUGAAAAUGAGCAGCUUCUGCCUGCUAUUAACCAAACGCCUGUUGGACCUAAAUGCCAAGUGAGUUUAGUUUUGGCUAAACAUGCAGCACGCUCAGUCGCAGAGGAAAAGGGAAGCUCGUCGCCCUCACAACUUCACAGCAGCAAGCACAAAUCCAGAACAACUGGGCAACCGAACACUUCACAGAGUAGUAAGCCUCCACAGCCGCCGGUUAUGGAACGCAGUGAAGUUCACUCAAAAGCCCAGUCAAUGGCGAGGAGCAGGCUGGAGAAGGCCAGAUCCCGUCUGCAGGGACGCAUCCAGCAAGUGGUCAAGUUAUUUGGUGGCAAAGAGUUUUCAGAAUCACAAGCCAAGAAGAAACAGAAAGCUUUAAAAAUGCUGCAGCCUGCCAUACUCCAAGAGUUCCUGGGUGCGGUGGAAGGUUUUGGGGCCUUCUGCUCUGGGUCCCAGCUCCAGGACUUGAUGCAUCUCUCUGACUCAGUCAGAGAGCAGUGGGAGGAUGUACGCAGAGAAAUGGCUGCCUUUGUUCCCAUCCUGUGGUCUAAGAUCAGAGAAGGGAAGCAGCCAUGUUCAGUUGUGCAAUGUGGCAUGCAUACUAACUCCCUCUGUGAAGCUACUCACCAGACUGACCAUGAUUGUUUGCAGCACCAGGCUGUCACUGAGGGAGAUGCAUCUGUUGAGGAGCGUGUUGAAUCACUUAGAGAGCUGUGUGAAACACUGACACCAAGGAAAUCUUCCAGCCUCGCAACAGACCAGCUGACAGAGUCAGAUGAAGUGCAGGAAACACAACCCAGUGACACGGCACUCCCAGCUGACGGGGGACAGCAGCUCGGGGGAAACACCCCGCUGAGACCGACUGACAUGUGGGCCGACACACAGGCGAGCAACAGUCUCCCACAGAAACAAAGCGUGGACGGCCCACAGCGAGGCCUGGUUACUGCUGUGUCAGAGCAGCUUCACGGCGGCGGUGAGAUCCUCCGACCGCAAGUUCAGGACGUCCCAACAGAGACCCAGCACCACCUUACUCAAAGUAGAGGCUGUGCAGCAGCAAAGCAAAAUCAAAAGCCUUCGCUCAAAGCUAAAGAGCAGCUGCUGAAAGCUCGUCUACUGCACAUCACAGAGAGCAGCCAACAAACCCAACCUCAUAUACAGGCACUCGUCAGAAGCAACACAGUGGAGAAAAAACAGAAAGCAGAGUGGACUGUCCUCCCAGAGACGCUCCCACCACAGCAAGAGCAGCCCUCUGAACAGGGAUUACUGGAGAGUUACAGAAAGUCCUCCUCAGUGUUUCAGUCCCAACUCCAGAAGAACAAACUACACUUAGAGCGCUUUAUCCCAGACGCAGUCACCAUCGUUACCCUGCAGAGCCAAAAGAAGCAGCUACAGACCUUGAAACAACAGACGGAUGCACUUUGGUUUGAUGUUGAGCUCCAGUAUGCCCAGCUUUCCCAGCUUCCUCAGCUGAUGACCAGGGAGAAGGAUCAGAGUGAAGUAAAAAGAGAGCAGGAGCUUCUGACUCAGCAGUGGCGGGAACAACAAAUGUGUCUCCAGACCAGAAUGUCAUCUCUGGAGAACACUGCUGCCUUGAUGAAGUCUGUAGGUGAUCAAAAGAAACUGAUCACAGAAAAACUGAACCAGAUCAUCAGAAUGUCAGUGGACAUUUCCUCUUUGACCUUGGCAGAUCCUACAAUGUUAUCUGACUUAAAGGAGAUAGAUGACAGACUGCAGGCUGAAAUCAGGAAGCUAUCAGAACAAAGCACUGAAGAGGAAAGACAAGGGCCGGAAGCCACAUCCCCGUCACCCAUCUGCCAGGCGCUCCACAGCAGUGUCCAUCAUCUCGAGCAGCUCAGACAGCAAUUGGAAAGAGUUCAAUCAGCUGCCCAGGCUCUGGAUCGCUUCCUGGCCACAGUGAGAGAAGUCAAGGCCGAGAUCCCAACCCUGCUGGCAAACCAGGACCCGAGCAGGCAGAAAAAUGAGGCCGACUGGGAGCAGGAGAGACAUUCUUGGCAGGCAGCGCUGCAGAGGUUGCAGGCUGCUACGGAACAGUCUGAUAGUGUUGACAGCAGUUUAAACGCAGUGGGGAUGACUCUGACCGUGGAUGGUGCAAAUGUGACAUGCCAGGAUGUGGUGAAAUCUGUGGCCAAGCAUGUUGUGGAGAUGGAGAAAAAGCUGGUGAGAGCCAGUAAAAAACAAAGAGAGGAAGAACAUUUUUUCCUGGAAAAGGUAAAAAUAUUGGACCAUGAGGAGUUGAAUCCUGUGCAGAUUUGUCACAUGAAAACUGGGAAUGAUUCGCCACAGCAAAGCAGGCCACAGGAGGAUUCCACGCCAAGUGGGACAGAAAAGGAGCUAGCACUGGAGCCUAAAAGGAGUAGGUUGACACAAAGAGAGGAAACACAGAAAGCUCAAACCCUGAAACCUGACGGUGGUGUUUUAAGAACCAAGGAACAGAGACCAAGGCGAAGAAGCAGCCAGGUGAAGAAAGAGGCAGAAGAGAAGCAGGAUUUGGUCCAGAGGAGAGCUGCCUUGCUCGCAGCACUGAGGGAGACAAAGACUGCAGCUGAGCAUCUGGGGCUGCAGGAGCCCAGUCUGCCUGCUCUGCACCAGAGGACCCGUGCCUUGACAGAGUUGGAAAGUCCUCUUGCUGGCCUCCUCUCAGAGAUGCAGUACAUACGCGAUGCAUCUUCCCUUUCAGGAACCGCUGAUGAGAGUCAAAUCACAGAGCUGGAUGAUCUUUGUGAGGAGACAACAAAAGCCGUAACUGAACGGCUGGAGCAGUGUUGUGUCCUAACGGAGCUGCUGAAGAAGUUUCAGAAUCUUCGUGGUGAGCUGAGUGGGACGAUGCAGAGAGCAGAAAACACCAUCAGUAAUCAAGCCUCUUACAUGGGGAAAGAUAACUUGCAGAGACUGCACACCAAGGUCCAAGAAAUCAAAAUAGAGCUGAAUGGUCUCGGGGACAGCAUAGAGGAGAUCCGGAGCAUCUGCAGGCAGCUUCACACUCACCUACGUCAGAUACCAGACUGCAACUCCGUCCCCUUUGAGAGUGAAGCUGAUGCUCUCAUGGAUCGGUGGCUGGAUUUGUCGGAAAGAACAGAUGCCCACCUUGAAAACCUCCAUCUGGGCUCAGCUCUGUGGGAUGGAGUCCUUCAGCUGGGGACAGAAGUGGAGAGCUGGACCGACAACACACUGGCAGUGUUUGCUCAGUGUCCGUCCUUUCAGAAUGAGGAUGACAUCAAGUCAUUGAAGAGUGAGAUUGCCACCCAGGAGGAGAGUAUACAGCGUUUCCACAGAAGAGCCACUGAGAUUCAGUCACUGCUUCAAAGCACAGAGCCCCCCCUGGAGCUGCAGGUGGUGGAGACCCAGGUGAAAAAGAAGAUAGAUCAGCUGAAGGAGCUUGUUUCUGAAGCUGAGGACGUUUACAGACAGAUGGUGACUACUAAGGGCCAAAUUACUGGGAGGAUGGAGGAGUGUUUGAACUCGCUCCAGAAGAUUCAAGACUCCCUCCUCGCUCUUAGUGGUCCGAAUGUUGCAACCGUCCUGGCAAAACUUAAGGAGCUAUGUUUGCAGCUCCACGCCCAGGAUGAGCAGGCAGAGAGUCUGCAGGAGGACGUACAUGUUAUGGCCUCCAUAGCAGGUCCAGAGAGUCUUCAGAGUCUGUCUGCAAACGGGAUUCAGCUUCAAGAGAAAGUCCGAAACACCCAUCAGCUCUUCUCUGAAGUGGAAGAACAGACUGAGAAAAAUAUCCAGGAUUUGGACAGGCUGCAGACAGAGACCGAUCAACUGGAACAAUGGCUUCAUGCUGCAGAGGAAAAAGCAGCAAAGAAGGAGGAUCUUAGUCUCCUGCAAGAAGAAGCACUUCAACAAAGCAUGAGGACAGAGCUCUUCAGUCAGCUUGUUUCAUCUUUACAAAGCAGCAACCUUCAUCAGUUGGUGCUGCUGGGAGAGAGUGGAAAGCUGAUGGAACGAUACCACAACUUCCACACUAACAUACUAGGUGGCUCAAAGGAGACGCAGUGCUCUCUGAGCAGGGACAUCGAGGCAUUUCAGGCUUUGGCCAAGUCCACACAGUCAUGGGUGGAGGAUUUGGGACGAGCUGAUGACUCUCCUCUUGUUAAAAGUCCUGUAGAGCAGAGACUUCACAGCGCUCAGGUUGUGUUAAAUGCGACAACAGAGGGGGAGACUCGCCUGGAGGAGCUCAGAGUUACAGGAGACAGUCUGAGCUGCAGACUGUUGGAUGGAGAUGACCUGAAACAGGGAAUUCAGGAAACCAUUCAGGAAACAGAGGAGCAGUGGAAGAACCUCCUGCAGUCAGCUGAGCCUUAUUACAGCGUUCUACAAGCUCAUCCUCAGCUCACUUCUGUCCACCUGGCCCGGAGACAGGAGGCUCGCUGCAGAGUGGAGGAGCUGCAGCAUCAAACUGAUCAGCUUCCCGUUUUAUUCCCCUGGCCUGGCUCAGCUGAGCGUACACAAGUCUGCCUUCUUGCCCGCCAGCUGCGGGUGGAAUCGGAAUCCUUGCAGGUAACAAUCACCAGCCUGGCCGAACAGAGGAGGGAGCUGGCUGAGCGAACCGGCAACCCCAUCUGGAAAGAUUCCUCGUGGGCUGAGCUGGACACUCGCUGGUCAGCACUGAUGGCUGAGCUGAAGGGUGUGAGCUCCCGCCUCGAGGAAGGUGUGAGUAAUGAGGAACACUUUGGCCAGUUGCUGCAGGACUGCCAUCAGAAAUUGACAUCCCUGCAGGAAAGGAUGUCAGCCUGUCAAGCCGAAAAGGAAAGCUCAGCUGGACUAAACACUGAUGCGCCAGCUCUCGAGACUUUUCUGCAAGAAGUAGCAGACAUUGAAAAAGACAUUUUACAACUUGCAACACUCAAGGAUUCUAUCUCAGUCAGUUCCACGGGGGAGGCCCAAGCAAGGCUGUCUCAGCAAGUCAGCAAUCUCCAAAACCACAAGAGGGUGCUAGAGAGUGGCAUCAGAGAAACUCUAGGACUGCUUACAGCAAACAGGAAUCAAAGAAUUCGGCAAGUUAAAGAAGAAACCUCCUGUUUACAGACAGCACUGAAAGACCUGGCUGAAAAUGUAGAUCAUCUCUCUGGGACCCAGGAAGUGUUGUCUGAUUUCACCCAGCUGAAACAGCAGUGGUGUGCUAUACAGGACUUGGACACCACGCUGACAGAGUUGACCUCAAGAGUUGACAAACUGCACAAGACAAGAGAGUCAGGAAUGAUGCAGGAAACGCUUCCCACAGAGGUCAUUUCAACUGUCACUGCAGUUUUUAAGGAUCUUGGCAGCCUCACGUCCAUUUUUCGACAAAAGAAGCAGGAAUGUGCAGAAAACACUACUAGCAGAGUGACAGAGGUCAUCAGCCAGCUGCAACAGUGGAGCCAGAGAGUACAAGCUGAUCCAUCGUCACCCAGCCAGGCAGCUCUGGAUGAAGGUUUGCAGCUUCAGCAAGCACUUCAUGAAGUGCUCUCAGAACAACACUUUCUUCUAGACUGUCUGGGAGCAAAAGUGACAAAGGAACUGGGUAAAAAUGCUUCAAGUGCUCUUAAUGAAAGCCAACCUACAGUUGAAACCCUAUCCAAAGGCAUGGUCAGUUACACUGGCAGUGAUGUGCAAGUAGGAAACAAAGAGUUGUUGAGCAAAAGUCAAAGUGGAACACCACAUUCACCUUCAGCUGAUGGAACUGCAGUCACGGGUCCUUGUUCUUCUCCUUCUUCGGCAACAGACACCAAGGAUAACUCAGGAAGUUGUUGGAAUGACAACCAAAUUAAAACGAAUGGCACUUUCCACACUUUAGAAACAUGUCAUCCUUCCACUGAGCCUGUCACAGACACGUUAGGGGGAUCAAAUGUGGAAGCUGAUGUCAGACGGCAAGACAAAGCAAACAUUUCAAUGCAAAAAGUAGACAUUUCUGUCACGGGUGCAAGUCGCCUUGUGGAAAAAGAUGAAGAUGAUGCCUUAGGUCCUAUUCAAGUCCCAUGUUCAGAAAUUGCAGAUGUUUUACAAUCAAAGACACAGCAAGAAUCAGAAGCGUUGACAUUCACUUCACCAAAUCUGAACCUAAAUCUUAGGUCAAAAGAUGAUACAGGCAUAUUGUACACUGAUACCAGUUACCACAAGGAGACAGACAACAAUUCUAUUUCUACCCCAGAAAAUGUACCUGAGCAUCUCGCAGCACAAUCAGAGGCCACUACAGAUGCCCAGGAACAAGAGAGACACUCUGAGGACAUCGAUGUGACCACAAAGAAAGUGUUUACAAUUGUGUUGGAUGUGGAGCCACUGGGCAUGCAGCAAAGCACAAAUGCUCGUGCCUCCAGUCCACACACACUCAGAUGUUCUCCGGGAGCAGAGCUGUGUGAUGCAACACUCACAGAUUUGUCAAAUACAGGAUUCCCUGAGAAGAGACCUGAACCCUCCACUACACCAGUCAGCCCAGAGUCAGACGUAACCAGCUGUCAUUUAGCAGCACGAUCAGAGACAUUUACUGCUGCUCAACAACAAGAGGAACUCUGCAAGGAUGUCAGCCAGAGCCCAGAUAAAGUCUUUACUAUAGUGUUGGAUGUGGAGCUGCAGCCAUGGGACACACAGCACAGUGAAAAUGUUGAGGCCAGCAGUCCAGAUGUGCUCAGAUGUUCACAGGGAGUGGAGCUUUGUGAUGCAAAGCUCAGAGAAGUUUCAAACGCAGGAUUCCCUGAGAGACAAUCAGGACUCAUUCCCACAUUAAUCAGUCCUGAAUCAGAUGAGACAGACUUUAAAAGCCAGUAUGUGAAUUCUCAAUCAAACCCUUUGGUGAUAGUAAAUGUAGAGGAAGAGGAGGGAACAUCUGCACGCGCCAAAUUGCCAUGUAAAGAAAACCACAAAACCAGUGAAUUAAAGCGCAACGAGGUGUUGACAUCCUCCAUAUCAUGCCACACUGUUGCCAAAUGUCAGCUCACCCAUGCACAUGAAGCAGAAACAACAUUUCCAGAUGUUGAACAAGAGGAGAUGACAGAUUUCUGUCAUUCUAGGAAACAAACAGCGAGCUCAUCCUCGUGCACUGUGGAGGAUUCUGUACAAACUGGAGAUGCUUUGACUAAAUUGCAAAUAUCUGCGACUGACAAACAGGUGACGGCUGCUGACACUGAUCCGAACACAGGUACAGCAUGUGAGCAGGUGGCAAAAGGAGAAAACACAGAAGAAGCAAAUGACUCUGAAUGCAUAGAAAGCAAACAGUCAAAAGUGCCAGAGAGACGAGACAGAGCUUCGCUGUCAGAAGAAGAAAGUGAAUGGAAGUUGCUUUCGGCGCUGGAGGACAAGGGGGCGACACAGGGACAGCCUCAGAGCCAGGAAAGCAUGGAGCCUGAGAGGACAGCGCUGCGUCUGUCAGCUGAUCUGGCGGCUACAGAGACAACAGGUGGAUCACCAAAGUCCUCCAAACACAGGUCCACCAUGCAGGAGAUUUUUUCUGAGGUCGAGAGCUUGGUUGAAAGAAGUAACAUCAUAAACAGAACCCCACACAUUGAUUUAAACUGGUACCUGAAGUCCUCUCUUGGCGAACCAGAGAUUCGAUUGGUACGGACUGUUCAGCAGAUUUUGGCAUGUCGAUAUCAACCAGCACAACUCAGUGUCACAGCCAUGGCCAAACAGCUGGGGGAGGCAGAGGAGUACAGGCGCUGUGUGCAGGAGCAAGUGGCUACUAUGGAAAACUCAAGCGCUGCUGUGGUUUGUGAUCCAAAUGCUUUAAAAAAUGCUGAAGGUCAAUGGAGUGCUGCACUGCUUGAUGCUUCUGCUACAGUGCAGGUUAAAGCAGCACAGCUGGAUCAGGUCAAACAGUAUCACAGACAGAUGAGGAUCACCAGAGCUUUCCUGGAGGUUUUAGCUGCUGAAAAGGAAAAAAUGAGCUUAAGUGCUUUGGGAAGCAGUGCCCUUCAGGCUGAAAAACUCCAUGCUCUGCUGCAAACCAUGGAGAAGAAGAAAGACAUGAUGGAAGACUUACUGCGAUCAAGCGGCCAGCUGUCAGUCCACUUGAGUGACGCUGAAAGUUCAGGUGCUCUUCUCGCUCAGCUUGGAGAUGUUCAGGAGGAAUGGAGGCUUCUAGAAGGAAGUAUCAAAAGAGCUCUGCGGCACGCCUCGAACUCCACCUGUCAGUCCUCACUUCUUUUAAAAGAGGCCGAACAGCUUAAAGCCAAACUUGAAGCUCUUCAGUUAUCCAGCUGCGAAAGCCUUGACAGCAAAAGUGCUUUAGAGUGUGUCUGUCUGACCACAGACCUAAAACUGUACAACCAGCUUUAUCUGCAUUUACAGUCCCAGUCCGAUGCACUCAUCAAAUUUUCUCUGGGUCAGAAAGAGAAGGAUCAGAUCGAACAUGAUCUUCGGGGAUUGGGGAUCUUGCUCAAUGUCACCAAGAGGAAACUCGACUCUUUCACCAACAGCUGUGGCAGCAAUUCUUCAACUAAAAUCAACAAGCAGCUACGAGAUUUGAUUGUAUGGGCCAAGCAGGCAGAAAACCACAUCUCUAUCGGGGAAAAGUUAGCUCUUUUCCCCGAGGAGGCCCGUAUUCAGAUUGUUGAAAUGAAGAAAUUCCAGACUGAUAUUUUGUCGAGACGAUCUAAGAUGCAAAUUCAAGUUGAAGAAAUGAAAGAUGUAUCCUCUGACAUGGAAAAAGAAGAAAGCGAUCAAGUAUUGAAGACAAUAGAAGACCUGUAUGAAGCUAUUUCGGACAGCUUGGAUCACGUUCUUGACACCAUGAAGAAAAACCUCAAUGAAAGAGAGAAACUGCUCUGCGAGUUUGUUAGCAUGGAUGCCUGGCUUGCAGAGACUCAUGCUAAAAGAGACCCCUGCAACCACAUUGAGAAUGUUUCAAAAGCUGAUGUCAAGAAGCUAGAGAGCGAGCUAAAAAGUCACAAAUUAGCCACAGUGGAGGUAGAGACGCAGCUAAAACUGCUGGAGGCAAUGUCAGGAAGUUGCAAGAGAAUCGCCAUAGGGUUGAGUCCAGGAGAGAGCCGCUACCUUGUCAACAGACUCUCCGGUCUUUGGACAGAAUUAGAUGGACUGUUGGCUCAUGAGAAAGCCACCAGCUGGGAAUUAGAGGAGCUAAUUCACGAGCGGACAUCUUCAGAUGAGGAGUUAUCGACCAUCCAGGCAAGCUUAAAGCAAAUUUCUGAUGAUUUGGAGCAGCAGAAGUUUCCCUUGACACAAGACACCCUUUCGAUGGUUACCCAAUUGAAACACAUGCUAAUGGAGCAUCAGUGUCAAGUACAGGAGCUUCAGCAUUGUCAGGAGACCAAGCGAAGCCCCUUGCUGUGCUCCGUCGGGGAACUGCAAGACAGGUGCAAAGCUCUCAGUGUAAAUGCCUUUGAACAAGACAAAUAUCUUCACCUGAGAGGACAAAUGGAGGAAUCUCGGGACAUUGUCAAAGGGCAAAUCCAGUACGCCCAAAACAAAGCAGUCAGCGUGGGUGAGAGGUUUAAACAAUGCCAAACUCUCCUAGUUGAACUUCCACUGAUCAAGACACAAUGUCAAGAAGCAGCCGAUCAACUGGAGGCCAUUGCUCAGGAGUUAGAGCCAUCUGAGCUCAGUUCAGAGAGGGAGAGGAUUCACCACACUGUGGAAACGUUGGUCUCCUGGGAGAGCUCUGUCACAGAUGAUGUCAAAAACCUAGAGGCCAAGCUUCUGUUAGGGCUGAGAUUCAACUCUGAGCUUCCAGCCUUAAUAGAGCAGUUACAAAGUACAAGACUGAGGCUGGAGGGAACCAACGCAGUCAUCCCAGAAGAAAAAGCUAUAGACGUUGCACUACGACAGUAUUGGGUAAUUUGGAGAAAUAUGGAGUCUGGGAUGCGAGUGUUGGAAGGUCUGGGACGGAAAGAAAAGAUUAACCUAAGAAACUACAAGGAGCUGUAUUUUCUUAGAGAUGCGGCCAUGCAGGAGUGCCACUCAUGGAUGGUCAGUCUAUCACAGGCCAGAGAAUCCUUGAAAGAUUAUCAGUGGGCUGCUCAGGGAGCAAUAGGCUUUCUUCAUAACGCUGAAGCAACCUUCUUAUCAGCUCCAGGAGGGUUUCUGGACUGUACUGAGGAACAGAGACAGACCCAGCAGGCUUUAGAAACUCUUGAAGAUGGAUUUCAAGCACAUAUUUGCCACCUUGUGGAACGGGUACCCCAGCAACCCUGCCUCUCCCGCCCAGAGACGGAGCAGCUCCACAUCAGCAUCCUCAGCCAGCUGCUGGUGGGAAGAGCUGUACUGGAGGCUCAGGCACAGCUCAGGCUGGAGACCUUGCAGAGGUGUGAAAUAACACAAAAAAGUCACAGAAAGUGUCAUGAAGACAUCCGUCAGCAUCUUUCAGGGUGUGAAGCCAGGCUUUCAGAAUGUGCUGCAGAACAAGUGGCGUCAUAUGACAAAUGCACUGCCCAACAAAGAAGAGCUAAGCUUCUGAUGGAAGAUCUUCACUGUCUGGCUGGGAAGAUUGAGGACCUGAUAGCUGGAUGUCCGAUGCAGGGCUGCGGGGUUGGAAAGGACGGGGAGCUUGGUGCUCUGUGGAGGCGCUGGGCAUCAUUACGGCGGGGUGUCGGCCUCCUGAUGGCACACACCGAGCAGAGAGGAGAGGAAUGGAAGGACAUCACUACAAGUAUGGAGCAGUGUUGCAGCUUUCUGGCCAGUCUUCAGGCUGAGGUUCCAGACUCCUCCACUGUGAGCUUCACUCAGGAGGAACCCCAGGAGCUCCUUGCCCAGGCUGAGAUGUACCAGGCUGGUUUAGAGCAGGAGCAGCAGGCCCUGGCGUCCCUCGAGCAUCGGCUGGAACACGCCCUGAGCUUAUGUACUUCCCAGGAUUUCGUCAGCCCCGGACCUGUAGGCAAAACACUGGUGAAGAUCCAAGAGAAUGUCAGGAGCUUGAAAGAGAGAAACCUGCUGGUUGUAGCUGCAGCCCAGGCAGAGGAGAAAGAGAGGCAGCAAGUCCAAGAGGAGAUAGGAGAGGUUGAGAAACACGUGCUCGCCAUUCUUCCGGCUCUGGAAGCAUGUUCAACUCCAAACAAAAGACAGGGGCUCAAAGAGGAUUUGUCCACCCAGAAGACCAAGCUUAAGUCUAUCAUGGACAGCGUACAGAAGCGGUAUGCAGAGAUUCCUGCUGAUAUUGGAAGGCUGAUACAAGAAGCUCAGCUGUCUCUACAGAGUGCAGAGCAGAAGCUUAUUGACAAGAACAGCCCAGUUGCAAAACUGGCAAACAGAGUGAGGGAGCUGGGUUCUGGUCUGGAGAGAGUGAAGGCUUUACUGGAGCAGAGAAAUCCAACAGUCAGUGAAGCUCGAAAUGUCCUCAAGCAUGUGUGGGAUGAGCUGGAUACAUGGCACAGCAGCUUGAUGGUCUUGGAGAACGAGGUGCACGAUCUUGCAGAGGAGCAUCCAGAUCAAGCCCAGCUUCUCAUCGACCAACUCACACAACCGCUGCAGCUUUACCAAAACGCAGCGCAGAUGGCUGAGCACCGCACUGCCUUCCUCAGCAAGAUCCCCGCCUGUCUUCAGGAGUUUGAGGACAUCCUCAGCAGUGCCACCCACUGGUUAGAAGAGGCCCAGUCGUGGCUCAGUACUCCCUGUUCUUUCACAACAGCCAGAAGUCUCCAGAAUCAUGCAAAGUCUCUGCAGUUGGUGCUGGAAGACUCAGAAAGGAUCAGUCACACGCUUCAGGACUUCAGGCCAGUGCUGGCUGAGAUUUCCACUGUGUGUGACAUGCGUACCCAGGAGAAGAGACUGAACCAGACUGACCAACAAGUCCAGAAAAUGCAAUGCAAUGUCCUUGAGCCCCUGGAGCAGCUGCUGCAGGCUGUUGCAAUGGUGGAGGAGAUGGAAGCUGAGCUGAAAACUAUAGAGAAGAAUAUCGCGAAAAUCAGAACAAUUUUAUCCUCUAUAGACAGCUCCAACAUUACUCCAAAGGAACAUCUUCACAGCUGUGAGGUGAUCCUGGCCAAUGUGCGGUCAAUGCGGAGGACACUGAAGGAGAUAGAGAGAUGCAAAGCAGAGCUUCACAUCCCACAAGGAGCAGAGGAAGGUUUGCAGGUCUUCUCCAGAGCCAGACUACUCCUGCAGCCGCUCGACGAGCUGGAACAACUCACCCAGCAACAAGCAUCACUGCUGGAGAUCAAGGUUAGAGAGGGGAAGGAUCUCGGCUUAACCACAACUGCCGAAGUGAUGCAGGCGAUGCUGGGCCGAUCUCCACAUAGACGCUUAGUCCAGCAGGAGGCUUUUGAGGUGUCUAAUUCAGAGGAAGAGGAGGAUGAGGAGGACGAGAGUUGUUGCUCGUCAUCCUCUGACACACUAACAUGCAGUAUUCCAGAGGACCUGGAGGAGACACUCAACCUGUCAGAUGUGCAAAGCGAGGAUAUGGCUGAAAUUAGGCCGAUGUCAGAUGUUGAGGAACUGCAGAGUUCGCCUCAUCAGAUUUCCUCUGAAGUGGAGACGUAUUCAAAAGGUUCUGAAACCAGACUCUUCACUACGGAGCCUGGCUUUGAUACCAGCUUUGGAUCUAAAAAUGUUGAAAGUGGAUUAAUAACACUGGAUUCUACUGGCAACGUAUUCAGUCCUAAAACUGUGACCACUGAGUCACUAAACACUGCAGCCAUCCCAGCAGCUGAAGACCAGUUUAACACUGCUGCUACAAACCAGAACCAUGACUCGUCAAAACAUGAAACUUUGCACACUGACCCUUCUGCAAAGUCCCCUCAGGCAGCUGCUGCAGUGGAAGACACAAGACUGAUUCCUUCAAGACCUAUAACUCCGUUUACUUCCAAAAGAGCAUCAGAUGAGUUCAUAGAGGAGGAGGUUGAAGAUCGGUCUGUGUCCACAGCUCCACAUUCAGAUCUGGAGGCUUUAACUGGACUGAAAGCGCCAAGUGAAGUCAGUGUCAGUAGCAGUAGAUUGAUGGAAGAAUCCCAGCAACCACAGACGUUUUCUGAGGUGCCCAUCAGCUUGGCUGAAAGCAAAGAGGACGACAGGGAGUCCCAAAGGUGGAGUCGACUUCACUCCCAGAUCUCUAAAAAACUGAUCACUUUGACAAAAGCUAAAGAGGAGCAUCAAAGCCUGAUGAGUGCAGGAGAUGGAGGAAACGGUGAAAAGGUUCCAGAAAAGGAGUCGAUGUCAACUGGAUCUGCUUCUGCAGUUCUACAGCGAACACAUGAAUCCAUCAACAUGCUAAGACAAAUAGUGAGGGCUACAGGCGGGUCUGCAGGUGAGAAGAAGGAGCUAUAUGAGGCAGUUCGGAGAGUCCUCUUCUGUCUGGACUCUCUGACUGACCUGCUGUUGACUCCUGGUGGUGCUGGUGAAGCUGAUUCUCAGCUGAGGCUGCUGCAGCAAGAGUGUGUAUCAGCUGAGCUGGAGACUCUGGCUGAGCUGUUGAGUAAAGUAGCGUCACAGACCGGGCCUGCACUUUCAAAGGACGAGCCAGAUGCUCACAGCUGUCUGAGCUGCCUUCAGGAUUGUCUUCAUACUGUCCAGCUGGUCUUUAACUCCCCCCACCAUCCACUCACUGAACAUCCAGGCACCAAGAGCCAACAGAAGGAGCUCUUCUCCAGCCACCUUCUGGAGGACUUUGAUCUGGGACAGAGUGAGAUCUUCCCCAGUCUGAAGGAUGCUCCGGUGUUAGAGUGUGUGGUGGGCAGACAUCUGAGAGAGAGUCCAGGGGAAAAAGCCAAGCUGCAACAUGCUUGUCGGUCCUUGCUUCAGGGGAUAGCUCGCCUCCUGGAAUUGGGUGAAGAAUGCAUAACAGAAAGACCGAUGAGCCAGGUUCACAACUGCAGUAAACUUCAAACCACUCUCUGCAGACACAAG